AUGUCACGAGAAAAUGUACGAACUUACCUUGGUACUGGUUUUUUUUUCAAAACCUCAAAUUUCCUUGUUUCUAUAAUUGGUUUUUUGUCUCAGUUUCUUCUUUAUACAUAUGGUGCCAUGUUCACACUUAGAAAUAGGUUUAAGAAAAGUAUACCGCAACAGUCCUAUGAUUCUGAACAGGAUACAGAUUUGAACCUUGGUCAAGAAUUUGAUGAUUUAAUUUAUGAUAAUUCAGAGGAUAUAUCUAUGUGUAAUGAAAAUAGAUUUAAUACUGAUAUUGAUUGUUGUUCAAAUUAUGAAAGUGAACUGAUCUCAACUAACAUAGAUGACUUACCGAAGAUAUUUGAUGGAACAAAAUCCGAUUUUAAUUGGAAUUACGAAUGCUCAUUUGAACCUUUUAAUAAUUUUACAAAUCUUGCAAUGUUUAUAUGGGUCACCAAGUACAUGACUUAUUCUAUACAAGUCUAUUACUUUUCUUUAAUAGAGCACCUUCAACGAAUAUUAAAAAAUCCAUCCCUUAGCUCCCAAUUAUAUUUUGAACCUGGCAUUUUUUCGAAAUCAUGUGAAGAAUUAUGGGAAGGCAAUCUCUGGGCUGAAUCUCCUUUUUUUGGCCAACCAAAUUUAUCAACAGCACAAG